AUGGCUCAAUCUGUUCCACCAGGAGAUAUCCAAACUCAACCAAAUGCAAAGAUUGUCUUCAAUGCUCCAUACGAUGAUAAACAUACCUAUCACAUCAAGGUAAUCAAUUCAUCGGCUCGUCGUAUUGGAUAUAUGGACGUAUGCAACUCAAAAAAGAUGGAUUUUUACAUGAAGACCGCUUUUGCUCUUUCACAAGAAGUUUUUUCUGAUAACUUCUUGACGAUCAUGUUAACAGCAAACUCAGGCGCCGAACAAAAAAUUUUUUGUUUUCAUUUUUUGUGUCAUGAAGUUCGAAAGAACUCUUCAUGGAUUUUUUUUUGUUUUUUUUCGUAGAACAAUUGAUGUAUUUAAUUUUCAAAGUUUAUAGCACAAUCAAAAGUUUUAUUCAACAUAAAAAAAUUGAAGAUUGAAGAAAAAUGCAUUUGUGGGAGUGAUGGUUGAAAACAAUGAUGAUGAUGACGCAAUGGUGUGAUGGUGAAGACGGAUUCUGUAAGUUUAUCAUUUGAUUAUUUGAUUUGAUUUUCUAUUCUCCCUUUUUUUUUUUAAUUUUUAUACCCACUUCAAAUAACAUGGCUGAGAAAAGAGCGAAAAAUAAUCGGUGAAAAAAUGAGAAAAAAAAAGAUUUCACGUUUUUAAUUUUUAAUUCGAGAAAUUUCGCGUCAACCGAACAUCUUGCUCGGGUUUUUCAAAUCAUUCUCCAGUCAAAAUUUGAGACAAAAAAGAUUUCACGUUUUUAUUUUUUAAUUCGAGAAAUUUCGCGUCAACCGAACAUCUUGCUCGGGUUUUUCAAAUCAUUCUCCAGUCAAAAUUUGAGACAAAAAAAGAUUUCACGUUUUUAUUUUUUAAUUCGAGAAAUUUCGCGUCAACCGAACAUCUUGCUCGGGUUUUUCAAAUCAUUCUCCAGUCAAAAUUUGAGACAAAAAAGAUUUCACGUUUUUAUUUUUUAAUUCGAGAAAUUUCGCGUCAACCGAACAUCUUGCUCGGGUUUUUCAAAUCAUUCUCCAGUCAAAAUUUGAGACAAAAAAGAUUUCACGUUUUUAUUUUUUAAUUCGAGAAAUUUCGCGUCAACCGAACAUCUUGCUCGGGUUUUUCAAAUCAUUCUCCAGUCAAAAUUUGAGACAAAAAAGAUUUCACGUUUUUAUUUUUUAAUUCGAGAAAUUUCGCGUCAACCGAACAUCUUGCUCGGGUUUUUCAAAUCAUUCUCCAGUCAAAAUUUGAGACAAAAAAGAUUUCACGUUUUUAUUUUUUAAUUCGAGAAAUUUCGCGUCAACCGAACAUCUUGCUCGGGUUUUUCAAUUAGAUUUUCACAGAGGAAAAAUUGAACCAGUCUUGAUUUUUCGAAAAAUAGCAGUUAGGAGUGUAUAUAAAUCAAAACUUUUGUAGGAAAAAAUAAAUUCUGACAGAAAUUCCAAAAUUUUCUAAUUUCUUGCUGUGACUCAAUCCGUGGAGCCUUUAGAUUUCAGAGACUCGUUCAGCAAGAACUAAAAACAUGUUCUUUCUCACAAGGGAAUCGUUUCAGUUUUCACUCUUUACUUCUAAUGAAAUAUAUGUUUUCUAGUAGUUUUCGACACGCUGAUCACGAUUCCGUUGUCUAAAAUUAAAGAACUCAACUCCUAACAUGAGUUAUGACGUGUCGAAGUUCAAACAUUUCAAAAGCAUUGGGUUGUUCAGUAGGCUCAAUUACAUAAGUAAACUCCAUGUUUUCAAUUUGUGAUCAACUUUGAAAAACAUUUUUUGUUCGGUGAAAAAAGUUUUCGUUUUUUAGUGGUUUGCAUAUUUAAAACUUUGUUGAAAAAUCUUUUGGAUAUUUUUAUGAACCUUCGAAACUUAUGUAAUCGACCUUACUGAACAAUCCAUGACCGUCAUUUGGAAGGCGACUUCUGAUCAUCUAAAGUCCCGAUUUUUUUAAUUUUUGAACUUCGACACGUCAUAACUCAUGUUAGGAGUUGAGUUCUGCAAUUUUAGACAACGGAAUCGUGAUCUGCGUGUUGAAAACUACUAGAAAACAUAUAUUUCAUUAAAAAUCUAGAGUGAAAGUUGAAACAGUUCCCUUGUCAGCUUGAAAAACUGUAAAGAAACAUCUAUGUUUCAUUGAAAAUCUCCGGAGGACUGCUCACACAGUCCCUCGUUAGUACUGAGAAAUCAAUUCUAAAAUUAGAAUAUCUAGAAACUCCAUAGGAGAAAGAAAUAUGAAAAAACCCACUUUAUUCAACAAAGCUAUUCAAAUUCGAAUCACAGAUCCAUCAGAAGCAUUGAUUUGAAGAGCAAUUUGAAACGGUCGCAAAAAUGAUUUUCUCGAAAAAUCGAAAUGCGGCUUGCCAACAUUCAUUCUUACGUUCACGUAAAAAAUAAUUGUGUUUUUUCUCUUUUUCUAAAAUUCAAGCAAACAAACAAAAUUUGGAAAAAUUAAAUCAAUUUUUUGACGUGAACGUAAAAGAAUUGUUGGCAAAAUCAUUUGAAUUUUUCGAGGCAACCAUUUCUGAGAGUUUUCAGCAUAGCAACAUCUCUCUCAUCGAUUUCUAAUAAGCGAAGGAUUUUUAUGAAACUAUGACUGCGACAUGGAGUCGUUUUGCUUGAUCAAGUGAGUUAGAAACAAAACAAAGUUUUCAUGGAAAAUACUUUGAAAAAAAUAUUUUGAAACAUCAUUCAUGGAACUACUGUCCGUUCGCCAGCGAAGGAAACGCGCCCCAUCGCACUUCUUUUUUCUGCUGCCCCGAUUUUUUUUUGUUUUUGAAAAAACGGAAAUUUCGAUUUUUUUGUGUUUUCAAGUUGUUUUCGAAACUUAUUCAGAGUUUUUUUGAUUUAGAUAGAUGAAUUGGGGGUAGAGUAUUCACCUUUCAUGUGAUUUGUUUUGUUUUAUGAGUUUUUGGUGAUAAAAAACGCAAUUUUUCAAUUUCCAGGAUUUUCCGAGACCGAAAAGUGUCGAAAAAACCAUCUUUUCGAAUGGUAUUUCGAACUUUCUGUCAUCUCUAGGUAAGUUAGCAGUAUAGAAGAGUAUUCAAAAUGCAUAUUUUUUGAUUUUACAGAUGUUCGAAAAUUGCACGAUUUUGGCUCAAAUUUGCACAGAAAGUCGAUUUUUGGUAUGAAUAUAUGUGAAAGAGGCAAAGACAUGCAUUUGAGGAGGAUUGGGCAUCUUCCCUAUCAAUAUUGGAGCAGUCUCGUCGCAAUUUUGAAUUAUUUUAGUUGGUAUUUAUGACAAUUUCGGGAAAAAUCGCCAGCCGGAAAGAAAAAUUGAUUAUAUGACAUUUGUAGCAGGAAGAUUAUCAAUGUGAGUAGUGAGGUAAGUGAUCUUAAGCGCUCAUUCGGCUUGAUUUGACAAAUUUUAGAGAUAAACUGCAAAAAACGUUUUUAUUUCUGGAAAAUCUUCGAAAAGUCUGUUCUUUUCACUCAGAAAAUGUUAUUGCAAAUCGCAAUGCUAGCUAUCUAAACUGGCUAUACAUCCUAUUUCAUUUUUGACAAGUAAAAAUACAAAUUUGUCUUUUUAUAUACUCAAAAAGUUAAUUUUCAUCAAGAUAAAGUUCGAACCGUAUGAAAUUCACCAAAAAGGUGGACAUUGCUUUCUAAAAUCAUGAAUCAGAAUUUUUCUGGAUAUUUCAACAUUCUGAACAUUUUCAGGUUCAUCUCCUCUACUUGGCGCCAUUAUCUUCGACAGACUCAACAAUUGCACAAUUUUUUUUCAAAAAAAUUCAAGUUUUCAUUAUUUUUUGUUAUUUUUACUGUUGA